AAAUGUAGCCAUUAUCGAUUCGUUUUUUAAUGUAUUGCCCGCCUCGUCGCCAACUGUUAUAAUCACACCAUCCAUUCACUUGCAAGGCUCAACGAGAAGUGCCGGGUUUUAUUUCUCAUUUCUCUCCGUACAGUUACAUGCUAUAAUAUGCUAUAAUCUAGUCUAAUCUAAUCUAAUCUAUAAUCUAAUUUUAAAUCUACAAUAAUGGAUAUAACAAUUCACAAAAUUGCCCCACCUUCCACCGAAGGCAAACGACCGGAUAGUGGAUUCCGAUUCCGAAGCGUGAACAGUGAUUGGGAAACACGCAGAUCAACGCGGAGUAAACAAAUUAUGAGGGAGAGCAAGCAAAAAAAGGAACAAAACCGAAAACGAAAACAAAAGCAACAAGUAGUUCAGUUUCCGCAGUUCAUACGAUUAAAAACAAUAAUAACAAGUUCGUCGUCUAAUCGUAACGUACAGGCGGCCCAGGAAACGAUCGCAUCGCUCACGGCGGGCGACAAUGCGGCCUACGAGAUGGAUGUCUCUUCCGGCGACAGUGUUGAUGCCGUGCUGAAUGAAGUGAUUGGCCGGUACAAGCGACCACCGACGGUGGUCGUUAAUUCGGCAGGUAUUACCCGCGAUAACUUCCUGCUGAAGAUGCCCGAGUCCGACUUUGAUGCGGUGAUCAACGUGAACCUGAAGGGUACGUGGUUGGUGCUGCAACGUUUCGGCCGGGCCAUGAUCGAUCACGAGCUGGCCGGUUCGAUGGUGAACGUGUCGUCGAUCGUUGCCCGCACCGGCAACAUCGGACAGUCGAACUAUUCCCCGAGCAAGGCCGGGGUGGAAGCGAUGACCUAGGUGGUGGCACGCGAGUUCGGCCGGUACAACAUCCGGGUGAAUGCGAUCGUGCCCGGGUUCAUCCACACGCCGAUGACGGGGACGGUGCCGCAGAAGGUGAAAGAUAUGAUCAUCAUGCAAUGUGCGUUGCGUCGCUUCGGAAAUCCGGAAGAAAUUGCGGAGGUAGCAGCCUUUCUGGCAUCGGAAAAGAGCAGCUACGUAAACGGCACCUCGACCCAAGUGACAUUUUCGAGCAGAUUGUUAGCGUUUUUCGAGUUGCUGGAAGCUUAAA